CAGGAACCCUCCACGAUCACCGCCCCGCCGCCCCCUUGCCUGCCCGCCCUCCCGCCGAUUCGUCCUCGAAAACUCAGCUCUCAAAACUCAGCUGUCAAACUCAUCGCUCGGUCUGUGUGCUUUUUUCUCAUUCUCGAGAACAAUACAAAGAAAGAGACCGUCUUCAACCGUUCGGGUUUCUUGGAGCCUACAGCAGCUUGAGACCAAAAUUCUCUCUCUCUCUCUCUCUCUCUCUCUCUCUCACGCACACAACGCACACUUCCCUCAUAAUAAUCGCAUUAAUCAUGUCGACUACACCCCCGGCUAAACCUACGAAUCCUCUUAAGCUUGAUUCCAAGUACGACGAUUAUGAUUUUCCCACCACGGCUCCUGUAGCGCAAUCCGGGCACCCAGGCCACACGACGCCGGAGCAGGAUGCGCAGGUUGCUCAGCUGAGGAUGAUGCUGGAGGCUCUGGGGUACACUGAUCGCCUGGAUACUUUGACCUUACUGAGGUUUCUCAGAGCGAGGAAGUUUAAUGUAGAGGCUGCGAAGACUAUGUUCGUCGCCUGCGAGCAAUGGAGAAAAGAUUUUGGAACAGAUUCGCUGGUGACAGAUUUCCAUUAUACGGAAAAGGAGCAGGUGUUUGAGUACUACCCCCAAUACUAUCAUAAGACGGACAAGGAUGGACGACCCGUCUACAUCGAACAGCUUGGCAAAAUCGACCUCACAGCCAUGUACAAGAUCACCACCAGCGAACGCAUGCUCAAAAGUUUGGUUUGCGAGUACGAAAAGCUCGCUGAUCCCCGCCUCCCCGCCUGUGCACGCAAAUCAGGUCAUCUUCUCGAAACCUGCUGCACGAUCAUGGACCUCAAGGGCGUCGGGAUCUCCAACGCGGCCUCCGUCUUCGGCUACAUCAAACAGGCCUCCGCCAUCUCGCAGAACUACUAUCCUGAGCGUCUAGGAAAGCUGUACAUCAUCAAUGCCCCCUGGGGAUUCAGCACCGUUUUCAGCGUCGUCAAGGGCUUCCUGGACCCCGUGACUGUCAGCAAGAUCAACGUUCUAGGUUCUGGAUAUGAGAAGGAGUUGCUGGCACAGGUCCCCGCAGAGAAUCUGCCGAAGCAGUUUGGUGGACAGUGCGAGUGUCCUGGUGGAUGUCCGUUCAGUGACAUGGGGCCCUGGCAAGAGUCGGAGUGGGCUAAGCCGCCAAAAUGGGCAAAGAAGGACGACAAGGGUGAGGAGGCCGAGAAGAAGGAAGAAGGAAAGGCGGAGGGAGAGGAGGAGAAAAAGGAAGAUGCCGACAAGGAGAAAGCUGCCGCUGCACCCGCGGAGACUACUUCGGCUCCGGCGCAGAAAGAUCAGAUCUCGGCGUAGGGAAUGUGAGGCGAGCAUCAUUCGAUUGGAGUUUAGUUUCUUCAGCGCCCAAAUGCCAUUUGGUUGACUAC